AUUGUAUAGUGUUUGAUAGUUCAAAAAUUGUGGAGUUGAGAUUUCUUGUGAUUGGAGGGCCAGUUGUCAUAGUCCAAUUGGCAAGUCACGAUUCCACGUGGAUAUUUUUUUCCACAAUCGUAUCUUUAGUAAAAGAAGACACGUCCACGUAGGACAAACGUGGCUCCACAACAUCAUCAAUCAGCCAAUGAAAACAUAGAAACAGAUUGAAGAUAUUACUCAAAGGAUAAAGGGAUAAGACCCCAUGGUUUCAUUGUUGUACUCCAAAACUCCCGACCGAUUUCUAGCCGUUAGAUCGUGAAAAUCUCGUAAAUCAACCCUCAGAUUUGAACAGCGAACAAGAACCACAGACUCAACAUUGAAGUGAAGUUACAAAGCCUUGCAAAUUAGUUCUCAAUUUCUUACUCCCGAAAACCCAUUUUCUUCCUCAAUCCAAAAAGAUCAUUCAGGAGAAAUGGCCACCGUCACCACUCAAGCUUCUGCCGCCGUUUUCCGGCCAUGUGCCGCCCGAUCAAGAUUCCUUUCCGGUUCUUCCGGUAAACUCCACCGUGUGCUCUCGGUUAAGCCAGUUUCUGCUUCUUCGUCUUCAUCUUUCAAGGUUGAAGCUAAGAAAGGAGAAUGGUUGCCUGGUCUCCCAUCUCCGGCGUACUUAAACGGCAGUCUUCCCGGUGACAAUGGAUUUGACCCAUUGGGAUUAGCGGAAGACCCAGAGAAUUUGAGGUGGUUUGUUCAAGCGGAGCUGGUGAAUGGGCGGUGGGCGAUGCUGGGUGUCGCAGGAAUGCUUCUACCGGAAGUUUUCACGAAGAUUGGAAUCAUCAACGCCCCUCAAUGGUACGACGCCGGAAAGGCAGAGUACUUCGCCUCGUCGUCAACUCUGUUCGUAAUCGAGUUUAUCCUCUUCCAUUACGUCGAAAUCCGAAGAUGGCAAGACAUUAAAAACCCUGGCUGUGUUAACCAAGACCCCAUUUUCAAGCAAUACAGUUUGCCACCAAAUGAAUGUGGUUACCCUGGUGGGAUUUUCAAUCCCCUGAAUUUCGCUCCAACUCUCGAAGCUAAAGAGAAGGAACUAGCCAAUGGGAGACUUGCGAUGUUGGCGUUUUUGGGGUUCAUAGUGCAACAUAAUGUGACAGGCAAAGGGCCAUUUGACAAUCUUUUGCAACACAUCUCAGACCCAUGGCACAACACCAUUGUCCAGACAUUUGGUGGCAACUAAGUUUGGUUUGUUUGGAAGGCUGUUGUUGUUGUUGUUGUUGUUGUAUUAAGAGUAAAAAUGGUUGAUAUGAACUGAGAUUCUUUCGAGAGUAUGUUUUUGGAGUGUGGUGUUGCUAAUGGAAUUUGUAAUAUGCAACAACAUAGUGGAAUAUCAGUGUACAGAAGGUGGAGGGGCUUGUCAUUGUAGCUUGGAUGUUGUUCUUUAAAUGACAUGAAUUUGGCUCUUGCAGCUUCCUUCAA